CUGAGUCGUGCUUAAUCACUAAUUUCUGAAGACCACCUCUGCGCGUCAUGCACGCAAUGUCUCCAUCGUUGCGCGUUUGACCUAAGCUGUUUUAAAGCAAGAAACUGGUCUUUUUUGUUUGUUUUUCGCCUGGCAUGGGGGAUCCCAGUGAGCCGACCAUGGUGCAGAAGUCGACAUCGUUUAGCAUCAAAAGUCUCCUGCUCCCAUCCAAGUUUGACAGCCCGAACGCGAAUGAGGGCACAGAGAGUCGCUGCAGCCCGUCUGCUGUACAGGAUCUAGACAAAUCUCCAGAACCAGCCCAAAUGGACCUUGCACUUCUCGAAAAGGACCAGAAAGACGCAGACACCCCGGAGCAGCCCUCUAAAAAGGGGAAAAAUGGGAAAUUUGACAAGCCGCCGUUCAGCUACAAUGCGCUCAUCAUGAUGGCCAUUAGACAGAGUGCAGAAAAGCGACUGACUUUAAACGGCAUCUACGAGUUCAUCAUGAAAAAUUUUCCGUAUUAUCGAGAACACAAGCAGGGCUGGCAGAACUCCAUUCGGCACAAUCUGAGCCUCAAUAAAUGCUUCGUCAAAGUGCCACGACAUUAUGAUGACCCUGGGAAAGGAAACUAUUGGAUGCUGGAUCCCUCCAGUGAUGAUGUUUUCAUCGGUGGCACGACAGGCAAAUUGCGGCGCCGUUCGGCGACAUCCAGAGGCAAGUUGGUGAUGAAAAGGGGACUACGUUUUGCGCCCCUCGGUCUCGGGUUGGGUGAACGCCCGAGUAACCCGUUAUACUGGCAGCUAUCUCCGUUCUUACCAUUGCAUCAUUCGCACUAUAACGGAUCCACGCACGGAUUUCUAAACCAUGGACACGCUUACGGAUCUUUACUCCCCGGCGUUGAGUCUCUUAGUAACGGGGAAAUGUCUCGCCCUAUUCUGGGAGCCUCUACCGGGAGUAUCAACCUGCCAAACGGAUACGGUGUGUCACCGGCUGCUGGAUUAUUAUCAGGGCACAAUGGGUACUUUGUACCGGGAGCGCAGCAGCCGCAGACUUUGCCGAGCGCACCGGGUUACGGCAUCUCCAGCUCUCCGUCCUCUUUGCUGUCCGAUUCCCUAAGAACUAGUUUACCGUCCUUUACAUCAUCUGUUUCGGGUGGUCUUUUGUCUCAACAUAAACGGGUUGCGCCCAAUACUUUCCUCAGCUGAGCGUUACGCGAUCUCUCUAAUGGAAAUAUCCCAAAAUUAUAAGCAUUCAAAACCUCGAUAAGAAACGUGCAAGCUUUCCUUUUCCUGAGGACUAUUAGUCUGUCUGUAUUUUUCUUUGUCUAUUUAAGAUCUCAAAUGAUUUUUAAUGGUAGUAAGAUGUCAUGCCAAAGGCAUUAACUGUAUGUGUUUGUUUAUCUUUUUUUAAGUAUUAUUUAUAGCUCGACGAUUUAUUUGUUAUUGAUGUUUUUGUAUUUAUUAAAAAAUGUCGAUUAUGUUUUUAAUCCCUUGGUACUGUGGGAUACAGUUGUAAUUAGAUGGAUGGCACAUAUUAUUCGUUUAGUAGAACAAAAUUUAUUUAAGAUAUAUUGUUCCAAAACUGUGAAUGCGCCUUAACAUAUGAAAUCAGGGUUUGACAUGGAGAGUGUUUGGAUUGACUCAGGUGUGCAUUAUGACAAUGAUAAUAUAUUAUAGUCGUAAUAAAAAUGAUAGAAUCCUGGAAAAUUGUAAAAAUAAUCCUAUAUGCAAUGUUUCUAUAUAUUUCUAUAUCUGUGAAUGAGGACCUUGCCUUCAGAGCCAUGUAAUGAACCACUAUAGCUAAGCUUUUUCAUUAAAAGCACUGUUUUAAAUUAAUUUAGAGUUGGUCUGUGCUGUCAUUUACAAAUGUGUGAUUUGGCUACUUCUGAUGUGUACACUUUUAUUUACUCAGAUUACAGUAUUUUCGGU